CCUGGACAGUCCAUCCCGGUCCCUCACACAACAACAACAACAACAACAGCAACAACCCCCUGGUUCCUGCCGGCUCCGGCGGCCGAGGGACCCUGCGGGGACGUGGCUCCCCGUUCGCGGCCGCGUCCUCCCCGCCCUGCCUCGGUGCCUGCCCUCGCUCCAUCCCCGCCUGCCUCGGUCCUGCCCUCGCCCCGUGCCCGCCCUCAGCUCCGCCCGCUCCCUCCCGCCGUUUACAUUCAAACUCCGCGGCCGUUACGGCGCGCGGGGCGGCGGGAGCGGCUCCAUCCCGCUGUGGAGCCCGGCGGGAGCGGCUCCCUCGCCCCGUGUGGAGCCCCCUGCUCCCCGUGUGGAGCCCCGGCAGGAGCGGCUCCAUCCCGGUGCGGAGCCCCGGCGGGAGCGGCUCCCUCGCCCCGCGGCGCUGCCCGGGUGGGUGCCGGGGGGUCCCGCGCCCUCAGGGCUCCCUCUCUCCGUGAGGGCUCGGCGCGGCCGUGAGCGCUGCCCUCCCGCUCUCACGCUGUGUUUCAGCUCGUUCUUAUCCGUGUGACCUCGGCGAGCUCCAGCUGUUGAUCCCGUCGUUUCCCGGUUACUCCUUCAGGGACGGGUCCCAUCGUUGCCGGUCUGGGAGCUGCGGCUGCGGCAGGAGGGACCCUGCGGGGGACGCAGUGGAAGUGACACUCCUAAGAUUCAUAGCCAUGGAGCGGCUGGAGGAGGAGCUGACCUGUGCCGUUUGCUGCGGCAUUUACCAGGAUCCGCGGGUGCUUCCCUGCUCCCACACCUUCUGCAGGGAAUGCCUGGAGGGGGUUCUCCAGCGCUCCGACACCUUCUCCAUCCGAAGGCGCCUCAAGUGCCCCAACUGCCGGGCCCUGGUGGACAUUCCCGCCGCCGGGCUGGAAUCCCUGCCCAUCAACUUCGCCCUCAAGGCCGUCAUUGAGAAGUGCCGGCAGGAAGAGCCCUGGGAUGCGGAGACGUGCCGGGAGCACCCCCGGCAGCCCCUCAACAUUUACUGCCUGCUGGACAGGCAGCUGGUGUGCGGGCAGUGCCUCACCAUAGGGCAGCACCACGGGCACCCCAUCGGGGACCUGCACAGCGCCCACAGGAAGGCCAAGGAGGCCGCUGGAAAACUGCAGGAGCAGCUGCCGGAGAAAUACUGGCGGGAGGUGCUGCUGUGCUACAUGAAGCUGACGACGCAGAAAUCCCAGUGGGAGAAGCUCCUGCGCAGCGAGAGGGACGUGGUGGGGCAGUACUUCAAAAAGCUCGGGGACACCUUGGAGCACAAGAAACAAGCUCUGCUGGGGGCUCUGGAUGAGCUCAACAGGCGCUUCCUGCGGGAAUAUGAGCCCCUGCUGGAGAGUGUGAGCAGACUGAAGGUGGAAGAGAUUGAGCUCAAGUACCUGAAUUCCUCUAUUCGGAAAGAGAAGUCCCCCCUGCUCUGCCUGGAGAAGCUGGAGGAGCUGCAGCAGCGGGUCAAGGCUCUGAGGGAGAAGGAACUGCCGGAUGUGAAACCUCUGGAGAUUUGUCCAAGGAUGGAGGACCUGCUGAAGGACGUGUGGGCUAAAACUGAAAUGGGUCAGAUCCACAAGAUCCCCCCUCCAAAACUGAUGCUGGUUCCCAGGAGGAAACCGUGCAGCAAAUGCCCUGGGAAGGAAAAGGUGGAAGGCAGCAAGUGGGCGUGUGCCCUGAGCCUGCCCCCCGUGAGCCUGCCCCCCGUGCUGCUGCUGCUGCUGCUGCUGCUGGGCCUGGCGGGCACCGCGCUCGCCCUGCACAGGGCACUGCCCCCCGGGGCCAUCCAGGCUGCUCCCGCAUGGAUCUCGGAAUUCCUGCUCCAGCUCUAUCAGCAUUCCUGCUCCCACCUGCAGAAGGCCAUGGAUGGGCUGUGCCACCCAUUCACCUCCCUGAUGGGGUUCUGCAGGAGAAUUGUCCCCUUUGACUGCUUCCGUGAGUAGGUGAUGACCCAGUGCAGGAAUCCAGGAUUGGUUUUGAUUUCCACUGAAAAGCUGGAUUAUUAAAGCUCUACACUUUUCCCUUCUAUUCCCA